CAAAUAUAGCUUUCAUCGCUUUUACCUGUAUUUAAGGCUCUUCAAUCUUCGUUAACUUCCCUUUGAAACUAUGGCGACCACUAAAGUUUCCAAAGCUUCCAAAUGGUUCUCAAACAAGACCCUUAGGUUAAGCCUUCACCGCCGUCGAUCCAAGUCUUCUAGCUCCUCCACCCUCACCUCUCCUGCUUCAUCACCAUCCUCUCCUCGUGAAAGACCCAAAAGGCCUCACCAAGUGGACGAGAUGAAACAAGUGUUUCGCUAUUUCGAUGGCGAUGAUGAUGGGAAAAUCUCGGCUCUCGAACUUAGGGCAUACUUCGGCUCCAUCGGGGAGUACAUGUCACAUGAAGAUGCUCAAAUGGUGAUCAACGAACUAGAUUCCGACGGGGAUAGCAUGUUGGACUAUGAAGAUUUCUUGAAGCUAAUGAAAAUAGAAAAGCGGGAUGAUGAUGAUGACCUGAAGAAAGCGUUCGAGAUGUUCGAGUUGGAGAAAGGUUCGGGUUGCAUAACUCCCAAAGGGUUGCAAAAGAUGUUGAAUCGCCUUGGGGAUGCAAAGUCUUAUGAUGAAUGUGUCGCUAUGAUUCAGGUUUAUGAUAUUGAUGGUAAUGGGGUGCUUGAUUUUCAUGAGUUCCACCAAAUGAUGGCUUAAUUUGAUAGGACACUCGUACCUUUAAUUUGUGCUUAAGCAAAUAUCAAUAUUAAGGGUCUCACCAACUUAGUUAUUAUUAACAGCUAUGAAUGUACCAACUACUUAAUUUAGUGGCAAAAAUACUAAGUUGCGAAGCAUGAGGUUCAAUUCUAAACAA